AUGCAGAGCUAUCGACCGGUGAACGCGCUAUCCAUGUGCGCAGCCGUGCUGGUACUCAGCGGGGGAGAAACGCAAGCGUUCAUGGUGGGGCGAAGGAACAACUUUGAUGUCGGCCAGGCCAUAGGCAUGAGGAGCAAAGAUGAGGCUGCUGCUCCGCAAGCAUCUUUUUCGUUGUAUGACACAGACGAGCGGCAGUUGCAGCUGCACCCUGCACUGUUUGCCUUUGACGGCACUCGUGAGGCAUCCUUUGUACAGUCGUCUGGAGACGACGACAGUGAUGACGACAGUGAUGACGAAGACGAUAAGCAAGGCGGUAAAGAAAAGAGCAAAGCCGAGAAGAAGAAGGGUGAUAAAGCCAGUGGCCACGAAGGAAAAGAGUCCCACGGCCACCACGGAGAGCAUGAUAAUGCAAGCAAGGGCAAACCCGAUAAAGAGGACGAGGAAAAAGCUGAACAUAAAGAGGAGGCGGCAGAGCAUAAAAGGGAGUCCGCUGCUCCCGCAAGCCCUAAAGGAGAGCAACACGAAGACGAAGAAGACGAAGACAGGAAAAAGGAACGGAAGAAGGAGGAGCCCACAAAGUCUGAAAGUCUGUUAACCAGCCCCCAAGAACAAUCGAAAUUCAUAAUGGCUUCUAUGAAGAAGGCCACUGACGAAAGUUAUAACGCGAUGGAGAAACUCGUAAAAGUAAUGGACUAUUUACAUGGGGUUGUUGCUCUGUUAAACCAAAUAAUCCAGCUAACACCUCCAAGCCCUUCCUUCUCAGAAACCGUGAUGCUGGAGUCAGCUGGCAAGAAAAUAUCGCUCAAGGCGCUCCUAGACGAAGCAGGAAAUGUGCGGAGCAGCGUGGAUGCUCUGUUUACAAUGCUGUUGUCUGCCAAACACUCCAUAAUAGGGUCUAUCAACCGGGCACUCCCUGCAAGGCCAACGGCAGCUACUACCCCAUCAACUAAGUAG